GGGGGAGAACGCUUUGUGAGAGCAGGGAGCCCCUUCACUGGUAGGGAGAGCCGGGACUGGUGGCCUGGGCAGGAAGAUUGGGGGCAGAAACUUAGGCUGGGAGGCCUGAGAAGGGGAAGGGGGGCGUGGCUGAUGGGAGAGCCUGGGAAUCUGGAGAAGGCGAUAGAAGGGAGGAGCCUACUGCGCCCCGCAGAAGCCUCCUCCGCACCCACGAGCUCACGUUCUCUAUGUCUCUCCCAUGACUGUGAAUUUCAGGUCCUCUUCACGCCUGGUCAUCUAGGCAACUGGGGCCAUAAACUGAGGCAGCCCUAAUUUUUUUUUUUUUUCCUGGCGUUUGUUUUAGUCCCUGCGUCAUCCAUUCCCCUAAGGGGCUGGGGGAAGGGCUUUUCCUUGGCCACACCCUCUAGCCUUGGUCCUGUUCCUUGGGUUCCAUACACAGCAUCCUGUGGACCCUCCCAUAGGAGGUUUUCUUGGGAACAGAACCAAAGGAGUCCCCAGGCUGGCCCAGAGGUUGUAGAAGAAGCUGGCAGCAAGGCAGGAGUGGGGAGGGAAGCAGUUUACUUGGACUCUGGGGAAUGGCAUUGCCUGAACCUGACCUCUCAUCACUUUCCCUGUGCAUCUCUUCUACUUGGUUCCUAUAGGAACUGCACGCCAGCAAAGCUCAUGAUGACUCAGGUGGAAAACAGCGACACCCCUAAAGACGUUGCUGCAACAUCAAAGUCCCCCUCCAUGGCUCAGGACACCAGUCCUGCAGAGCUGCUGCCCAAUGGGGAUGUGGAGAAGCUCAGUGAGCCCCAACCAGAAGAAGGAAGCCCUGCUGGGCGCAAAGGUGGGACACGGGCUGAGGGAGAGGCAGAGGCAGAAAGCACCCCAGAGUCUGCCCGCACCCUGGAGAAUGGCUGCUGUACCCCCAAGGAUGGCCAAGAAGCCCCUGUUGUGGGCGGCAAAGAAGAGAAGGAGGAGACCCACUUUGAUUCUGUGAAAAUGGAGGGAGCUCGCGGACGGUUACGGGGAGGUCUGGGCUGGGAGUCCAGUCUUCGACAGCGGCCCAUGCAGCGGCUUACCUUCCAGGCUGGAGAUCCCUACUAUAUCAGUAAACGCAAGCGAGAUGAGUGGCUGGCACGGUGGAAAAGGGAGGCUGAGAAGAAAGCCAAGGUCAUCGCCGUGAUGAAUGUUGUAGAAGAAAACCAGGGGACUGGAGAGCCACAGAAGGUGGAGGAGGCCAGUCCUCCUGCUCUACAACAACCUACUGAUCCUGCUUCCCCCACUGUGGCCACCACACCUGAGCCAGUGGGGGCUGAUGCUGGGGAUAAGAAUAAUGCUAAGGCCGCUGAUGAUGAGCCUGAAUAUGAGGAUGGCCGAGGCUUUGGCAUUGGGGAACUGGUAUGGGGAAAACUGCGGGGCUUUUCCUGGUGGCCUGGCCGAAUUGUAUCCUGGUGGAUGACAGGCCGAAGCCGAGCAGCUGAAGGCACUCGAUGGGUCAUGUGGUUUGGAGAUGGCAAGUUCUCAGUGGUUUGUGUUGAGAAAUUGAUGCCAUUGAGCUCCUUCUGCAGUGCCUUCCAUCAGGCAACAUAUAACAAACAGCCUAUGUACCGGAAAGCCAUCUAUGAGGUCCUUCAGGUGGCCAGCAGCCGCGCUGGGAAGCUGUUUCCGGCCUGUCCUGAAAACGAUGAAAGUGAUACAUCUAAAGCCGUGGAGGUGCAGAACAAACAAAUGAUCGAGUGGGCUCUUGGUGGCUUUCAGCCCUCUGGCCCAAAGGGCCUGGAGCCACCAGAAGAAGAGAGAAAUCCCUACAAGGAAGUUUACACUGACAUGUGGGCCCCAGUAGAGCCCGAAGCCGCUGCCUAUGCCCCACCUCCACCAGCCAAAAAACCCCGAAAGAGCACAGCAGAGAAGCCCAAGAUCAAAGAGAUCAUUGAUGAACGCACAAGAGAGCGGCUGGUAUAUGAGGUGCGGCAGAAGUGCAGGAACAUUGAAGACAUCUGCAUCUCCUGUGGGAGCCUCAACGUCACCCUGGAACACCCCCUCUUCAUUGGAGGAAUGUGCCAAAACUGCAAGAACUGCUUCCUGGAGUGUGCCUAUCAGUACGACGAUGACGGCUACCAGUCAUAUUGUACUAUCUGCUGUGGGGGCCGAGAGGUCCUCAUGUGUGGGAACAACAACUGUUGCAGGUGCUUCUGUGUAGAAUGUGUGGACCUCUUGGUGGGACCAGGUGCUGCCCAGGCAGCCAUCAAGGAAGACCCCUGGAACUGCUACAUGUGUGGGCACAAAGGCACCUACGGGCUGUUGCGGCGGCGAGAUGACUGGCCUUCACGCCUCCAGAUGUUUUUCGCCAAUAACCAUGACCAGGAGUUUGACCCUCCCAAAGUUUAUCCCCCAGUCCCAGCUGAGAAACGGAAGCCAAUCCGAGUGCUGUCCCUCUUCGAUGGAAUUGCCACAGGACUGCUGGUGCUGAAGGACCUGGGGAUCCAGGUAGACCGCUACAUUGCCUCAGAGGUGUGUGAGGACUCCAUCACUGUGGGCAUGGUGCGGCACCAAGGGAAGAUCAUGUACGUGGGGGACGUCCGCAAUGUCACACAGAAGCACAUACAGGAAUGGGGCCCUUUUGAUUUGGUGAUUGGAGGCAGUCCCUGCAAUGACCUUUCUAUUGUCAACCCUGCUCGGAAGGGUCUCUAUGAGGGCACAGGACGACUCUUCUUCGAGUUCUACCGACUUCUGCACGAGGCCCGGCCCAAAGAGGGUGAUGACCGCCCCUUCUUCUGGCUCUUUGAAAACGUGGUGGCCAUGGGGGUCAGUGAUAAGCGGGAUAUCUCACGCUUCCUAGAGUCCAACCCUGUGAUGAUUGAUGCCAAAGAAGUAUCAGCAGCGCACAGGGCUCGUUACUUCUGGGGUAACCUUCCCGGUAUGAACAGGUUGGUGAGAGCAGGGCCAUUGGCAUCCACCGUGAAUGAUAAGCUGGAGCUUCAGGAGUGUUUGGAGCAUGGCAGGAUAGCGAAGUUCAGCAAAGUGAGGACCAUCACAACUAGGUCAAACUCCAUCAAGCAGGGCAAAGACCAGCAUUUUCCUGUCUUCAUGAAUGAGAAAGAGGACAUCUUAUGGUGCACUGAAAUGGAGAGGGUCUUUGGGUUCCCAGUCCAUUACACAGAUGUCUCCAACAUGAGCCGUUUGGCAAGGCAAAGACUGCUGGGCCGGUCAUGGAGCGUGCCUGUGAUUCGUCACCUCUUCGCCCCUUUGAAGGAAUAUUUUGCCUGUGUGUAAGGGACAUGGAAGUGAACUGGGAUAGUGACAUCUAAUCAAAGCAAAACCACCAAGAACAAGAGGAUGGAGAGAAGUAUCAGCACCCAGAAGAGAAAAAAAAGGAAUUAAAAACAAACAAAAUACAAAAAAAAAAAAAAAAAACCAACAAAAAAAAACACCACAGAUGCGAAAACAUCCACAAGGCAUCACCAAGCAAAAGGGUUGGACAUCAUCUCCUGAUUUUUCAAUGUUAAACUUUGAUCCUAUUUAAAAAACAAAACCAAGCUUCCCCUCCCCUCUUUAUUAUUAUUAUUAUUAAUAUUAUUAUUAUUAUUUGGGUCAAACCUUUUUAGUUUUCCACUCUUUCCAGAGGGGUUUUCUGUUUGUCUCAGUUUUGGCUUUUUGCUGUGACUGAAAUAAGAGGGUUUAUAAUUUUUUUAAUGCUGUAAGAGGAGGAGUAGGAAAACAGGGAACUACAGCAAAAAAAAAAAAAAAAAAAAAAAAAAGAUAUUCAACAAAAUAAAAACAGCAACUCUACCAUGCAGAGGAGAGAUGAGAAGGGGGAGGGGGGAAAGAAAUAUGCUAUAGAAAUCUAUCAUAUAUAUAUAUAUAUAUAUAUAUAUAUAGUGUAUAUAUAUAUAUUUUGGGGUUUUUUUGUUUUGGGUUUUGUUUUCAUUUUUUUGUUUUGUUUUGUUUUGUUUUGGCUUGGGUCUGAUUGGAUUAGGAGCACAAGCAGGAACAGAAAACUAGGGAGACACUCUGGCAGGCAGUGGCAGCCAAGGUCACCUGCAGCCACUGAGUGGUAUUUUACCAGCACCAUUCCUGGUAAUACAAAGUGAAACCCAACUAGCAACAGGGAAGAUGAAAACACCCACACAAUACACUUUUAUACAGUAUUUCAGGUGCCUACCACACAGGAAACCUUGAAGAAAAUCAGUUUGUAGAAGCCGCUGUUACCUCUUGUUUACAGUUUAUAUAUAUAUAUAUGAUAGAUACAAGAUAUAUAUCUAUAUAUAAAAAGGUACUGUUACUACUGUACAACCCGACUUCAUAAUGGUGCUUUUCAACAGCGAGAUGAGUAAAAACAUCACCUUCCAUGUUGCCUUAUGUGCAAAGGGUUUUAACCUAGAAUGGAGAAAAAGGGAGUGAUGGUUUUUUUUUAAUUGUUAUUUUAUGUUAUUUUAAUUUUUUAAAUGGUGAAGAAAGGGGGUUAGGAAAUAAUCCCCCUAUAUCCCAUUUCUCCCUACCAAAAGGGGUAGGGAAGAGGUCGAGGGUAUUAAGAAUAUUGAGACAUCCAAUAGGAGACAACUUUUCCUGAGUCAUGCAAUAAUUGUUUUGUUUUGUUUUGUUUUAAUUUCCCAAAAGGAAAACUCCCUGGGCUAGAUGGCAGGGGCAAGGGAAGACUAGGUUCCCAGUUCCCCUACUUGAGUCAUUCUACUAACUGGAGGAUAUCUCAUGGAGGGGCACGGUAACCAUCCAGAGUCUGGGGGAUAUGGACAGCUAAAACCCCAUCCUGGAGGAAAUAAAAAAACAUACAAAAAGUACUGGUGCUUUUCUGUCUAAGUCGCCUUUUGUGUGUUCUUUUAUGAGAAAGUACCUUCCCCUGUCCUGCUUCCAUCUGCCCUUUCCCUGCACAAGGCAGCCCCUAGCUCCUCGAGGAGUGAUGUUUUUAGUCAUCUCCAAACAUAGGCUACAGUUUUAUACUGGGAAGCUGAUGAUAUGGUUUAUUAUAAUUGUUGUUAUGGUUCUAAUUUUGAUUAUGUUUGUUUAAAUUUUUUUUUCCUUUGGGAAAAACAAUAAGCCCAAUACUACCCUCCCUCUUCCCUUUAGGCUAAAUACCAAGGUGCAGGGAGCAGGGUGGGGAAAAAAGGGUGCUUUUUUUUUUCUUCCUGGUGGCUUCAGUGUCCUGGUUCCUAGGAAUCCUGGCUUCCCCCUCCCCUCCCUUCUCAGGCCAGGCCCAUACUCCCCUUUGUACAGUGCUAAUUUGGCAGCUCACCAGUCCCUGAAAAGUCUGCCUUCUGGAGUUCCACUGCUCCUCUCCUCCUUCAGCUUUCCCUUUGUUCUUAAGUCUAAGGAAUAUCAAGAGUUGGAGGGAGGAAGGACAAGGGACAGUCUUUCUCUUUCCUUUUAAAUGUGAUGUGAAUUGUAUGUGUGGUUCCUCCUCUGUCCCUCCUCCUACUACUUGGUCUAAUGAUGGCUGCACUCUCAUCUUUUUGGAUUUUUUUUGUGGGGAUUUUUGUUUGUUGUUUUUUGUUUUUUUUGUUGUUGGUUUUCCUUUUUUUUUUUUUUUUAAACCUCGAGUCAGCCACACUUCAAGUCCUGGUUCCAGAGACUUGGCCCACUUCCUACUUUGGCAGACAGGGGCCCAGUGGCCCGGCCCGGGCUGUAGGGAGAGGAAACACUCAGUGGCUCCAGGGUAUGAGCCAAUGGGCAGAUGCCUGCCUCAAUAAAUGGGGUGUAGAUAUGUGGCAUAUAGAGAUAUAUAUUUUAUAAUGGGAGGGGGGAUGGAGCCUUCUGGGACCUGCAGAGAUGGGAGGUAUUCUCUAAAGUUCAAGGUCCCAUAUUACCAUCCCCAGAAGGAUUGGACCUCUGGUGAUAGGCACUAUAUAAAUACAUAGAUAGGGACAUAUAUAUGAAAUAUAAUGCAGUGGGAGAGAGGGGGCAGAUGGCUUCUCUCUACCCUUCUCUUUCCUUGCCACAGGCAGGCAUAGAUAGCCCCAUACGAAUCAAUCUAUCUCUUACAUACAAACAUACUUCUACACAGUUACAGCUGCACUGUUAUAUACACACAGACAUAACCUUUCCCCAAGAUUCAAUAUUUCAUGGAGUAGAGCCCCGUACAACCACUUACCUCGACCCUGCUAUCCUCUUGAAUGCAGUUAAACCUUUUUUUUUCCUUUUGGAGGGGGGGCUCUCCAUGCCAUCCAGGAGCUGUCGAGUUCCCAAGGUGCUACAGGUGGUAGGGGAGAGAUUGGAUCAGCUGACAUUUUAGCUAAGAGACACCCCCAUCCAAAUGAUAGUCUGCACUUUUGUCUCUUUAACACCUCCCAUGAAGUAUGGGAAGGUCCCAAGCUAGCAAACCCUGGAUCCCAACAUCUGAUUCCAAGGUGCAACCCAAGACAACCUUCUCAUCCAUCUUUCUUGGCUUUCUACCUUAGCCUAAGGGAUUUCUUGGAGGAAAUAGGAAAGUGAGCCUUGGGCCAAUACAAGCAGAGCAGCUGGGGGGGGGGAGGGGAGAUAGAUGCCUGAGGUGGGCCUUGAAACACCACAGCUGGUGUCCAUUCAUCCAGGAUAAUGUCCAGAGGCUCCUGCUGUCAUUUGGGCUGUCUGGGCCUUGGUUCCCCAGUAGUCUAGACCCAACUUCUGUUUAAAUUGGCAUUUAAUAACUACACUAAGCUACUCAUCCCUUUAAGUCUAGGGAUGAUGUUGUAAGUGGUGUUGGAUGUUUUCUCCUCUUGGAUCAUGAUUGGUUUUCCACUGGAGACGAGUUUGGUGUUGGGUUUCCUAUUCUUCUUUGUGGUGCUCCCUUUUAUCUCCCUUCUAUAUCCAGCUGGGCUUCACUUCCCUUCCCCAUCCCACCCUGGUAUGGGAGGCCACCAGCACCACUCUAGGAGUGGCUAGUGGAGGAGGUGGGCUGCUCUUGAGUAGUCCAAGGUGCUCCCUCCCCUCAUAGCCGACACUUGUUUCCAAGGUCUUCCCAGUCCCCAGUGUCUUUUAACUGUUUCCCUUCAUGCUGUGCCCAGCUUUAUGCCAGCAGGGCCCUCCCAAAUCCUGCUCACUAAUCCUCCGCUCCUCAGCACCAAAGCCUCUUCCUUGCUCUUGAUACAAUAUAGUCUAGUCCGUUUCCCAGACUUGUGCUUAAAAAUGUUGAAUUUUUAAAAAAUGAUCUGGAUGGACUUGGGCUAAGCUCAUAUUAGCCAAGCCUUAUGCCCUUCCCAGUGAUAUUGGUAUUAAAAACUUAAUUAAGGUGGGGGGGAGAGCUCUUGAUAGCUCUCCAACCAAGCAUGCUAUCCCAUCAUCCUAUGGGCUAGGCUUUUAGGUUUGGGGACAGUUUUGGCCCCAUAUCCCACUCUGGAGAUUCUUCUGUGAGGAUGUUGUCCUCCCAGAAUGCAUUCUGCUCUUAGAGGGGGGUUGAUUUUAGAUUCCCUACCCCCUCUGAGGGAGAGGACCUCACCCUUUUGUUCUAUUCUGGUGGCUUGGCAAUGCUUUCUAAAUGAUGGCUGUUCAGAAGUCUUGAAGAGAGGGAUUGGGAGCUUGGUUUUCAGUGGCCAACUUUCCUAUUCUUUGAAAAUUUAGAGAGCAGAAAGUUGUAAUGGGAAACAUCCCCUUGCCCAGGAGGAGAAAAUUAUGGACUGGAGUCAUUUGUCUGGAUCUGGCUGGAUAAAAGUAUAGGGCAAAAUAGUCUUGGGAGCUGUUUGCACACACCUGUUUCCAGGUUGAUCAGAGUAGAAGUUGGACCUAAUGACUCACGCCUCCAUAGUUGAUGGGGGAAUAUUGGGACAGAAGGACAUGGGGGCAAAUAGGUUGAAUGUGCUAAGUCUUGAUGUUGCCUGUCUAGAAGCUUUCCAUAAAAAGUUGCUUCCCUCAGGCAUUGUAGGCUCCUCUGGGUUGCUGUUGAGUCCUGAUUGCAGGUGGUUUACAGAGUACUUUCCAGAGGAGAGGGUGAGUGCCUUGAGGUAGGGGGAUGAUGUGUGGGGCCCUAUAAAUUCAGCAGAGAGUAGGGAGCACUUCCGGCUGGCUUCAUUCAUGAGGGAAGCUGGGCUGUGAAAGAGCGGUGGUUUGUAAGAAUCACAGAAAGGGAGGGGACAGGAUUCGACUCAAAUUGUUCCUACUAUUUCUGUCACUUCCCUGAUGCCACAUCUGUCAAUGCUGUAAAAAUGAGGGCUUCAGGGGACAGACCAGCCACCCUGCCAGUGCUUGGUAGGGCACAGUGCCAAAGAAUGCAGCUGUUGACUGAGGCAAAGCGCAAAUGAGGGUUAGUCUAAUGGGCUGCUGCUGAGAACCCGAAGGGCUUUAUGUUAGCUGGUAUUAAACCCUUGGGUUAGGGUCAGAGUGAGCUAGGGAAAUUAUAUGUGGUGGAAGAGGUAAACCAACAGGCAGAUCCAAGUUUCUGGAUCCAGCCCCUCUGAAAACAUGAGAUGGAAUAGGGAUGCUGAGUUGCCACUUCUGAUCUCCUUAUACCUGAAAGCAAAUGCCUUCUUUUCUUUUCUUUUUCCCUUUUCUUCUUUUCUUUUCUUUUUUUCUUUGCAGCUGAACAUCCCAUUGGAAAGCAAAGUUGCUUAUGAGGUGGGCUUCCAAGGAUAGUUUCUGGCACCAAAAGAGCAGGUGUUCAUAUGUGACUGGCAGUAUUGAAACUUUGGUGGGCUUGUUAAAUUGGCCUAAUUUUGUGCUGGGUCUAGGAGGAUCCCAAUGGGAAGGUACUACUUCUUCCCCUCAAACCUUCAGAGACACCUCCCAUAUGAAGCUAAGCUAGCUCUCUUCUCUCAUUUACCUGGUAGUAAGAUCCAGAGUUGCUAGUGGUGAGGAACCCUAGGUAGGAAUAGAACCUGGGCUGAGAAGACAGUCCGGAAACUACAAUUGGGAGCAAAAGAAAGAAACAUUUCAGCUGAGCCAUUUGGGAACGUUCUUACAGGAAAACUGCAAUCAUUAGUUUUCAUAUCUUAGAUAAGUAGUUAACUAUAUGAGAUUCUAUAUAUAUAUAUAUGUGUAUAUGUAUAAAAGUUGAUUUUGGAUGCAGUUUUUAAGAAUUCCUGUCACUGUUAUGCCUGGUGCUGAGCUUUGUUUGGGGCUGGGGUCUCUCAAGAGCUGUUUUCAGAAGCCUUCCCAGGAACCCCCUGGAGCUAGUAUAGGAUUGGGCCCUGACCUGCCUUGGGGCAGGGAUACUGAGACAUCUUGGAUAUCAUGCUGGGGGUGGGGGGGCCGGGAGGGAAGCAUUUUUGAGUCUUGAAAACAUUCUGAAACGAACAGAAUGCAACACGCCAGAGACUUCCACAGGCAAAGCUGGCCUUGACAGCAAGCCUGCUUUCCCCCAGGACUUUGUCUGGUAGGACCUUUAUUCCUACCCCAACCUGGUGCUUUGGUCCUGGCGGAUCAGUCGUUUGACCUUGUUGUCAGGCGUCCUCUGGUAUGGUGGAGACAGUAAAUGACUAGUAGGUACUGCCCUUGUUCAUCAAGUAAAUGGGGUGAUGGGGACCCCUUGGGUUAUAUAACCAGGCAGGAAUCCAGGUCCUUUCUCCAGUACCAAGUAGGACAGAGGUUAUCAGGGAGGGGGCUUCCCAUUUUCUCAUACCCUACUGAGACUGUGGAUUCAUCAGCGCCAGUUGGGUGAGAAUUCCACCCAUCCAACUGUUCUAGGUGACCAUAGUGGGUGGUCAACUCCAGGGGUAUCUGGAAGGGGAGAGACAGCUAAAGGAUACAUAGCACAAAGGAUCAACCCCACUGCCCUAAGCACCAGCUCUUAAAUCUUUACAUUUUGGUAAAGGAAGGAUGGGGAUGAAAGGGAAGGGAGAGAGUCUACUCAUUCCCUUGCACCUGUUUUUCAGAAAUGCCAACUAAGGUUGGUCUCUGGUGGCCUCUUGCUUAGCUGUGGCCCCAAAAAAUGGAGUUUUGGGGCAGGGAGGAAUGGGCGGCUCAGAGGCAGUGGGGUCAGGGAGGGUCCCAUGACUAGCAUCUGUGAUUUGCCACGUGUCUCCCCAAACCCUCCCCAGAAAUGGAGGCCAGUAAGGAAUGGGCAAAUCCCUGUUGACUCCAGUAACUGGAAAUUCUCACCUCGGAUGAGCCCAGAUUGGAAGGGGGUAGCUUUACCUAAUGCUAGAUCAAGCGGUCUCCAGUCCUGAACCUGGGGAGAUGAACAGGGAAAUUGGAAACAUGUCACAUUUCAUUUUGUAAAGCAAUUUUGUUGAACAGCCCUAAAUGUCAACAAAAUGAGAGAGGAAAAGAAAUGCCUAAAUUCCUUAGAAGACACAGCGGGAGUAGGUGAAUCAACAAGGUGCUAAAAAAACACAAAAACAAAAAAAAACAAAAAAAAAACACAUUUUAUUAAAAAUAUAUAUUGUUAAAUUAAGUCUGCUGUCUGGACAAUGACUGUUUGUUUUGUUUUCUUGUAGUGGAGUUUAAAAGAGACUAUUAUUUUACUCUGAUAUAUUAUUAUUAAAAAGGCAUUUUAACUUUGUACUUGAAAACUAAAUGAGCGAUUUCAUGUGUUUUAGCUGAGGCAUUGAAGUAGCGGGUGCUUACCUAUUUGUGGGAAAUCAUGUAUUCAUACAGAAGAAUAAACUCUGUAGAAGAUUUGGUUUAAAAAUGACAACAACAAAACUCUUACUGUUACAGAGAUCUGGCUUUGGCCCCAGAGGCAGAGCGUUUGAUUCCACAUUCCAUGCAGCUAAAUGCAGGACUUUUGUUUCCCCCAGACUAUGCGUUUCUCCUUCCACCUCCCAACUCUGUUUUUCUAAAAGUUCCCUAUUUAAAAAAAAAAAAAAAAAA